UGACAAAUCUUCUUGAAAAUUCAAUUCGAAAAUAUGAUAUGCUCAACUGCUACUUAGUAAAGACUGACUGGAAAUGUAUAGAGCUAUUUAUUAAUUAGGUCCAAUUUUUGAAAUUGUUUUACAAAAAUUACUAUUUUGAUACGUAAAAACAAACUAUGCCCAAAAAAUUUAAUUUUAAAAACGCUACAACAUAACAAAACACGUGCCAAUUUAAAUUCAGUCAGUCACAAAUCCCUGCAGUAUUUGAAUAGAAAUCGUAGAUAAAAAAACACAUGCACGCAAGCGCGUUUUCGUACUCUCAUUACAUAACAAAAUCCGUAAUACCCACUUAACGGCUUAUCACUCCGUGUAGUAACUAGUUAACCGCUCAUCCACCUUACAAAAGUAGAACGGCAAAGCUUCCGUUCAUUUAACGGAAGUGUGCUUUUUACCCACCGCUUCCCAGGUCUUCCCGUACGGACAGGGCGCACAAGGUGCAGUGCGCAAUGUCGAAAUAGGGAAACAUCUUGAGUUUGACCACCUGGUUGGCGAUAUCGAGGAAUGCCUCCGGAUCCAUACUGAGGCUAUUGAUUUCUAGACACUUUCACUACAAAACACUAAAAGAUAAUUGCUUAAGUGGUUGGACCAAAGAUAGGAAAUUAGCGACGCUCGCACAUGGCUGAUUGCCAGGUUCGGACUAGGUUAUAGCUCGCUGGGCCCGACGCUUCAAAAUCUGACCCUGACGCCGCGACGCUAUUUUCAACCUUCAGAUGAGAGAGAAUUUUCAAGAGUUUGAAAAUUUUACGAGUUUUACUGGCUGUCUAGCUUGGAGACAGUAAAAUGUCAUCAAACACCUAUAUAGCGUGUUUGGACAUCGGUACCACCACUAUAAGAUGCACAAUCAUAAAUUCUUUAGCUCACACUGUUGGUUCAGCUAGAUCUACGGUGAAAUUAAUAUACCCAGAACCAGGUUUUGUUGAAAUAAAUCCAGACCAACUUUGGGAACAAAUUUUAGAAAUUAUUAACAAUGCUGUUUCAGAUGCAAGUUUAGAUAUUGCAAAUAUUAAAUGCAUUGGAAUAUCAACACAAAGAUCAACGUUUUUAACAUGGGACAGCAAAACUGGAAAACCAUUUCAUAAUUUCAUCACGUGGAAAGACAUAAGGGCGAAAAAUCUGUGUAAGGAACUUAAUGAAUCCUUCCUUGUAAAGGCAUUUCGUUGUGCAGCUUACAGUUUGUAUCUCGUGACAAGAAGUAACAGAUUCCUAAUUGGAAGUAGAUUAAAAUUUGCCGCAAAUCAUGCAAGAGGACGACUUCUUUGGGUCCUCCAAAAUAUCCCCGAACUUAAAGCGGCCCUUGGUGAAAAUAAUGUAAAAUUCGGGACAAUUGAUACUUGGUUAUUACACAAAUUUACAAAAAAUAAAUUACACCUAACUGACAUCAGCAAUGCCUCGGCGACUGGCUUUUUCGAUCCUUUCGUUUUCGAAUGGGGUUCAUGGGCCAAAGUCAUUUUGGGGAUCCCCAUGGAGAUUCUUCCUCAAGUAGUUUCAAAUGACUAUGAUUUUGGUUCAACUGAGGAACAAAUUUUUGGGGUUUCGAUACCGAUUAGAUGUAUUAUGGCAGAUCAAUCAUCAUCAAUGUUUGCAUCUAGCUGUUUUGUACCUGAUGACAUUAAAUUAACUCUAGGAACUGGAGCCUUUUUAGAUGUAAAUACCUCAGCUGAAAUUCAUACAAGUGUGACAGGGAUUUAUCCCCUAGUUGCAUGGAAAAUUAGAAAUGAAGUAACUUGUAUUGGGGAGGUGGCUUGCAAUGAUUGUGGUUCCUUUAUUCAGUGGUUAUUAAAUAUAGGUUUAGUAACAAAACCGGCUGAUAUUUAUAGCAUGGUCACUAGUGUACAAGACAGCGAUGGGGUUUAUUUUAUACCAGCUUUUAGUGGUUUAGGUCCUCCCAUAAAUGAUGAGAAAGCAAGUUCUGGUUUUCUAGGAAUCAAACCAACUACAACCAAGAAUCACCUAGUUCGCUCGGUUUUAGAAGGAAUUACUUACAGGGCAGUUCUUGCAUUUCAAACAUUAAAAAAAGAAAGAAACAGUGAAUACCGCAGAGUCACGGUUGACGGUGGAGUCUCAAACAACGACUUUGUCUGCCAGUUGUUUGCAGAUUUAACAGGGCUAGAAGUUGAGAGACUAGAUUCUACUGAAAUGUCCGUCUUAGGUGUGGGAUUUUUAGCAGGAAUUAUAACGGGUGUUUGGAAGACUGAAGAAGUGAAAAAGUUUAAUAAAUUAAAAAAAUUAUUUAAUCCAAAAAUUGACCAUAUUUAUAGGGAAAAAUGUUUUGAUGAAUUUAAUAAAUGGAGAAAUGCUGUGGAAAGAUUUAAAUAUUGGUAUGAGGACUAAAAAUUGGGACAGUUAAAGAAAAAGUAAGUACAAAAGUUAAGUUCCAAUAGCUGUAAGACCUAAAAUGGAUAAAUUAAUUCUGAACUAUACAUUUUAUAUUCGGUGUUUAAUUUAUAUUUUUAUACGAAUUUGUACAUUUUACCAUGCAUUUAUAAUAUUAGUACUGGUGAAUAAAAGGUUAUUAUUAUUA